UUCUAUACUCAUGCUAUCUACCUAGCCAGAUAUCUCUUAAAGUCGUUGUUGGUGACGGAAUAGCUGGAAAAUACUGACACACUCGUUAAAAUUACAUCAAUUUUAAUUAUCUAUCGGAGGGAGAUAAUCAUCGCCCUGGAAGCAUGGCGUCCUUUCGACGGUUUCGUCCAGACGACUUGGACAAGUUCUCUAAGUGCAACCUCGACCCUUUGACUGAGACUUACGAUCUGAGUUUCUACCUUCAAUAUUUCGCCAAAUGGCCUUCGCUAUUUCAAGUUGCCGAGGACCCCAACGGAAAUAUUAUUGGUUACAUCAUGGGUAAGCUCGAAAGCUCUCCAGACUAUUUCCAGUACUCGGAGCACUACCUACCAUGGCACGCGCAUAUAACUGCUCUUACGGUGGCUCCUGAAGCGCGCCGCCUUGGGAUUGGAAAGAUCCUCACCGAUAACCUCGAAGUGGCGGCCGAGGCCGGUGACGCUUGGUUUGUCGACCUUUUCGUGAGGAAAAGUAACACGAAAGCCAUCACCUUCUACGAAGGUAUGGGUUAUAGUGUUUAUCGUGUAGUCAAGGACUACUAUGGCGAUAAUGUGAACGAUCCUACCGCUCACGGCGAAGAUGCCUACGACAUGCGGAAACCUAUGUCACGAGAUAAAACGCUAAAGCACAUCCGGGAAGACGGAAGGAACCACGAAGUUCAACCUGAAGAUGUCUUUUGACGGGGAGUUUCUGCUUGCCUGCUACAUCGCACCGUCGACAGAAUACACACUCCCGCUUACGUACUUGCUCUCGGGACUCAGUAAGAAGGCGAUGACUUGACCGCACUCCUCCGCCGUGCCUAACCUACCGAAAGCCACCGUAUCAUCGAAUGGCGCGUCAGGUGUCCGGUU